CCGUUUCCUCCAGCUCUCGCUUCCCCUCUUUUUUUUUCCCAUCGCAGCUCGGGCCCAGCAAGAACGAACGGCCCUUUCCCCAGUCCCCCAUCCUCUAUCCAUUGUUGAGUGUCUUCCCCGGGAACUCGCAGAGUCGCAAGCUCCCCCCCAGCCCGGAUCGGUGGCCUUUCUUCUCGCACCGCACCCCUCCCCGCGCUCCCUCGAUGCGCCUUUCUCAUUGGUCUGCCGCAUCCUCUCCAAUCGAUCGGACGUGAAUUGUCGGGUGGUGAACCACGCGAUGGAAGGCUUCGACGAUGCCUUCUAUCAGGCACACUAUUCCUUGCCGGAUCACCAACUGGGCCCCCCCGCAUAUUCCAAUGCCCACCACCACCAUCCUUCCCCGUUGAUGUCGUAUCCCAGUUCCGACCACUUCCCCCCCGGCUCCUUUGUCUACCCGCCGCCUCAUGCCUCCUCCGAUCUGCUAGCUGGCGGUAUCCCAGCGACCUUCCCUUCACAUCCCGAUGACUUCUCCUUCCAACCCCCCGUCCAUCACGGCCUCCAUGCUUCGUCGCAUGCUGCUAGCCUCGGUAGCCAUCUUUCCCACGCCAUGCACGCAUACGAUCCGUUAUCUGCUCCCGCUCACUCGAUGCCAAUGGGCUUGGACCGAACAAAUCCCUUUCCCUAUGAUGCGACCGCCUUUGGGACCUCCAUUGGACCGCUGGACCCGACUCUAGAGCAGCAUUCAGUGCCUCCGCAUGCUCACUUACCAUCCCAGACCAUCCACCUGGAUCCCGGCGCUGCUUACGCGGUCGCACAAGCUCCGGAGCCCAUCGACAACACCUACUGGAAUCAACACACCGCCCAUGACGUUACUGUCCAGGCACAGUCCACAGGCCCGAUCCCGGGGCCAUCGGGGGACUUCUCCCAUGCGAGCGGCCCAUCUCAGGAGCAAUCGCUGCCCCAGAGCCAACCCCCGGAGUUUCAGCCCUAUGCCCAACCGGCCAACCCGGCCGUCCCUCAUCGAUACAUCCAGCCGAAGAGGUCGUCGCCAGUGAAGGGCGCUUUUGCACCCCAGGCCAAGGUGGAAGCUGGAAACGACUCUCCAUAUGCUAGUAUCUAUUCGAAUAGUGGCUUCGAUAUCAUGGGUGUCCUGGCCCAAGUUGUAUCGCGGCCAGACCCGAAAAUCAACAUCGGUGCGGUCGACUUGUCGUGCGCAUUUGUCCUCUGUGACAUCACGCUGGAGGACCACCCGAUCGUCUAUGUCUCUGAGGCAUUUGAAAGGCUCACAGGCUACACCAAUCAGGAGAUCGUCGGGCAAAACUGCCGAUUCCUUCAAGGGCCAGACGGAAUGGUGCAGCGGGGCAUGCAGCGGAAGUUUGUGGAUCAGAACACUGCCUAUCGUCUACGAUCGACGAUAGAGGAGCGAACGGAGAUCCAGGCGAGCAUCCUCAAUUACCGAAAGGGAGGACAGCCAUUUGUGAAUCUGAUCACGAUGAUCCCGAUUCGAUGGGGCGGCAGUGAUUAUCGUUUCUACGUGGGGUUCCAGGUCGAUCUGGUUGAGACACCCGAUGCCGUGACCAGACGGAAUCCGAAUGGAACAUAUAUGAUCAACUAUCAGCGCAAUCAAUUGCCAAAUUACGUUGUCCCGCCUGAUGUUUACCGCACCAACCCGGAUUUAGUCACUUUGUUUGACCCGGGCCAAGUGUCCGCAGUGUUGGAGAGCCUGGAAGGCCCCGGGCCCUCGUACCGGCAUUACCUAAAUCGGGUCCUAGUGGAGAACAUGGACGACAUCAUUCAUGUUCUAUCCUUCGAAGGCGAGUUUCUAUACCUGUCACCAUCCUGCCUGAAAGUGCUGGAGUAUGAGCCAGCAGAAUUGGUUGGGAAGGGAUUGUCGACCGUGUGCCAUCCCAGCGAUAUCGGUUCUGUCAUCCGUGAUCUACGCGCGCGUAUCACUACCGAACCCGUCAGCGUGGUGUAUCGUAUCCGGAAGAAGUACAGUGGAUAUAUCUGGUUUGAGAGUCAUGGGUCCUGGCACAUUACCGACCGGGGCCGGCAAUUCAUGGUCUUGGGGGGGAGAGCUCGUGCGGUGUACAACUUUGACGACAUCGCCACUGUAGGUCGCGGGGGGUUGGCCGAAAAUGAUAUCUGGGCCAAGUUAUCGAUGUCAGGGAUCGUCUUGUUCAUAUCGGCGCGAGCCCGGCCUGUGCUGGGCCGGGUGUCGGAUGAUCUGAUCGGCAAGAGUAUUCAAGAUUUGACGGGGCCGGAUACACGGGCCCAGGUCAUGGAGGCACUCGCAGCGGCCCGUUCCGGUCAACAAGUGUCGUUCACCCACAAGGUUCGGCACAAGAAAGGACACAUGCUUCCGGUGCAGACGACAUUAAUCCCGGGGGAUAGUAAAGAAGGGGAGCAGCCUUCGUUCCUUGUUGCACAGCUGCGCUUCCACCGGCCUCUGCCGAGCGUCGGGGCCGAAGAACCCGGCUCCAGCACGACGGAAACGGGACUCGUAAUCCACGGCAGCCGAGAUGCCACAGGUUCUGGUCAAGCGGCAUCUGGACUAUCCGGGGUGGCGGGGACCAGCCGGUUGCCGGCCGGCAAUCAAGAUGGGGUAUCGCUGCGCGACCGCAGCCUGUUCACGGAAUUGGCGCCGACGCGGGGUUCGAGCUGGCAGUUCGAGCUGCGAGAGCUGGAAAGGCAGAAUGGCCUUCUAGCGGAAGAGGUGCACCGCCUGCUAACGCGACGGAAGAAGCGCAAGCGCAAGCAGAGCACGAUCAUGGUGGAAAAGAUCUGUGCGAUGUGUCGGACGAAGAGCACGCCGGAAUGGCGGCGCGGGCCCAGCGGCAACCGGGACCUCUGCAACAGUUGCGGGUUACGAUGGGCGAAGCAGGUCCGGAAUGGGACACAACCCACGGCGCGAAGGCGACGGGCCUGAGAUCUGAUUAUUCAAUAUUGUUUUCCUUUCUCGUUCUCGGUGGUCCCGUUUGGUUUCCGGUGGUUCUCUAGUUGCGGCUGCGUCUGCGUCUGAAUUUGAUCGAAUGUUCUGAGCCCUCAUAUGAUAUCUUUCGGGGGGGCAUUGCUGGUUUGGGAAGGCGCCCGGUGUGGCUGGGGGCGAGGAUGACGAGUCUCACGAGGGAACGGAGGGAGGG